UGCAAUUAAGCCAAAAAAAAAAAACUAAGUUUGUAGUAGUUGUAGCACCCUGCAAUGGAUGUUGCCGGUGCCGGAAGUUCAACAAACUACAAUCGUUUGCAAGAACUAAAGUCCUUCGAUGAAUCCAAAGCCGGCGUUAAAGGUCUUUAUGACUCCGGCAUCACCAAACUACCGCAAAUCUUCAUCAUACCGCCGGAACAUCUUGACGCCGGCGACCCAGUUUCCGGCAAACCAACUCCAGCCCAGUUCAUGAUUCCUGUAAUCGACCUUAAAGAAAUCUCCGGCAGUCAUGCCGGCAUUGUCGCCGGAGUCCGGCAGGCAGCAGAAUCUUUGGGGUUUUUUCAAGUGGUGAAUCAUGGAAUACCAGUGAAACUGUUGGAGGAGAUGCUGACGGCAGCGCGUGAGUUCCACGAGCAGCCACAAGUGUUGAAGGCUGAGUAUUUCAGCAGGGAAGCUAUGAGGAAGGUGAAGUAUGUGAGCAACUUUAAUUUGUAUCAGUCAAAGUUUGCUAAUUGGAGGGAUACACUAUUUUGUCUGAUGGCUCCUCAAUCUCUUGAUCCACAAGAAUUGCCUCCUCUAUGCAGGGAUGUAACAAUGGAAUACUCUAGGCAAGUUCAUGUAUUGGGGAGGCUUUUAUUUGAACUAUUAUCAGAAGGACUUGGACUCAAGGCUGACCAUUUUGAAGGCAUGGAUUGUGCAAAAGGACACUUCAUUCUUAGUCACUAUUAUCCACCAUGUCCUGAGCCUCAACUCACUAUGGGCACUACUCGACACUCUGAUCCUGAUUUCCUUACCAUUCUGCUUCAAGAUCACAUUGGUGGCCUCCAAGUUCUUAGUCCUCAUGGGUGGGUUGAAGUUUCUCCUGUUCCUGGAUCUUUGGUAGUAAACAUUGGAGAUCUGCUGCAAUUAAUAUCCAAUGGCAGAUUUAAAAGUGUGCAGCAUCGUGUGUUGGCAAACCAUAAUAAAUCCGCUAGAGUAUCAGUGGCAUGCUUUUUUACUCACCAUCUCCUAGAGUAUCCAACAACAAGAAUGUAUGGCCCCAUCAAGGAACUACUGUCUGAAGAUAACCCUGCCGUUUAUAGGGAAACAUCACUAAAAGAUUUCAUUGCUUGCUAUAAUAACAAGGGACUCGAUGGGAAUUCUACUCUUUCCCAUUUUAUGUUACAACAGUAAAUGUGGAAGCUCUGGUCCACAAAUUUCAGUGGUUGUUCUUUGUCAAAUUGCAUCUUUCACCUGCAGAUUCAAGUCUGUAUGCAUAUUGCUGACAGGAAAAUUCUCUUGUAAUCUGCACCACAACCCCUCAAUUUCUAAAGCAUGAGGGUUAAAUGAAUCUGAGAUUUUCUGUUUGUAUGUAAAAUUGUAAAUGGUAUACAUGAUUUGAGUUGGAAUAAUACUUCGUGCAUUAUCAUUUGAAUUUUUAUUAUUGAAAUUCAAAUGUUGAGUAGUUGAGAAAAUUAAUUAAAUUGAUGGAAGAGCUGAACAUUGAAAUGUCAUUCA